GCGGGACGGCGACUCUCGUGGAGGCGGCGGCAGGAUGAGGGCGGCGGUGACGGUUCCCGGAGGCGUUUCCGCUUUUCCUUCUGGUGUGUGGGGCGGCGGGGCGUGUGCGGGAGCCCGGGCGGGAGUGGGGACGCCGUCCGCUGUGUGGGGAGGGACGCGCGGACGGGGAAGGCCGCCCCUCACCGGGGGGCUCCCCCGCGUCCCUCAGGAGUGCCGCGGGCGGGGAGGGACGCCAGACCCCGAGUCCUGGAGCUCUCGGGCUGGAGAGCCCCCUGCUGCGCCCCGGCUCUGCCGUCCCUCGUUCUCGGGGGAGUUCUCGCCGGUCAAUCUGAAGCGACCAUGUCCUUUCUGGGCAGAAGAUGGCCAUUGUUCAAUAAAAGACUGCCAUGUGGAGCCCUGUCCAGAGAGCAAAAUUCCAGUCGGAAUUAAAGCUGGGAGUUCUAAUAAGUACUCAAAAGUGGCAAACGAUACCAAAGAAUUAGAAGACUGUGAGCAAGCUAAUAAACUGGGAGCAAUUAACAGCAUGCUAAGUAAUCAAAGCAAAGAAGCAUUCAUUGACUGGGCAAGAUAUGAUGAUUCACAGGAUCAUUUUUGUGAACUUGAUGGAGAAGAUGAUGUUUUUUGUUUGUUUGUUUUUAAAGGAGAAUCAUUCUACACAUGGCUGGAAGGUUUGUGCCUGGAGAAGAGAGUCUUCUAUAAACUUAUAUCUGGACUUCAUGCUAGUAUCAAUUUACAUCUGUGUGCAAAUUAUCUUUUGGAAGAAACCUGGGGUAAACCUAGCUGGGGACCUAAUAUGAAGGAAUUUAAACACCGCUUUUACCCUGUGGAAACUAAGGGAGAAGGUCCAAGAAGGCUUAAGAAUCUA